UGUGCAAGGCCAUAAGGACAGAGAGCACCAAACUCCAGGACAUCUUCAUCAGGGCAUCGCAGAGCAGACACGUGUGUCAGAUGUUUCCGCAGGAGCCCCGCGGUAACGCAUCCCUGCUGCUCCGGCGCGUGGAGCUCGGUGACGAGGGGACGUACAUCUGCGCGGUGCAGGCGGCAGCCCUCGUGCUGGAGCAGACGGUCCUGCUGCAGGUAACAGAAAAGCCCACGGUGACCGUCAACGUGAACUCCCUGUCCCUGGUGGAAGGGGAGCAGCAGAAGUUGGUCUGUGACAUCCGCAACUACUACCCUGCUGACAUCCAUGUGCAGUGGCUCCGUGAGCCUCGGGGCGCCGGGCAGCUCCCCGACACCGUGCCCAACGUCCUCACCAGCAGCCACCGGCGCAGCAGCAACGGCACCUACAGCUUCUCCAGGUUCUUCCUGCUGACAGCGACCCUGCGUGAUGACGGCUGCACCUACACGUGCCGCGUGGAGCACCCCAGCCUGCAGGCACCCAUCCGCAGGAGCGUCACCGUGGCAGUGAGAGAAGCGACCUCCACCACCUGGCUGCUGCUGCGGAGCAGCGCCGCGUGCGCACGGAGCUCUUCGCGACCAGCGGAGCGCCGGGAAGCGGGCGGGAGGCAGCAGGAGCCGCUCCCGGUGAUUGGAGGUGCGGCUACGGGUCUGUCCGACUGCCCCGAGUCAGGCCCAAAUCGUCUCGUGGCGCUCUGCAGAGAAGGCAGCGAGCAUUCCCAGCAGCCCGAUGUUUACGCGAUGACGCAGAGCAGUAAGGCUCAGAUGUGA